CAGUGGGAGCAUGAGAGGACUGCAUCCAUGCCCGACGUCCUUUUUCCACACAAUUCCUCCAUCUCCUCGCGGUGGGAGCCCCCGCUGUCACACGGCGGCUUCAUCCUGCUCUCCGUGGUCAUGGCCCUUUUCACCGGGCCGGCCAUCGUGCUCAACGCUACAGUGAUCAUCGUGUCCCUGAUGCACAAGCAGCUGAGGCAACCGCUCAACUACGCUCUACUGAACAUGGCCGUGGCAGACCUGGGCUCAGCCGGAACCGGAGGGGUUUUAUCUGUAGUCCACAACGCCCAUGGGUACUUCUCCCUGGGAAGAACAGGCUGUGUGAUGGAGGGCUUUGCCGUGUCCUUGUUUGGCAUCACAUCUCUGUGCACCGUGGCCCUGAUCGCCGUGGAGAGGAUGUUUGUUGUUUGUAAGCCAGCAGGACGCAUGCUCUUCCAGCAGAAGCACGCGCUCGCUGGCAUCGCCUUGUCCUGGAUCUGGUCCCUCACGUGGAACGUGCCCCCUCUGCUCGGGUGGGGAAGGUAUGAGCCGGAGGGGGUCGGGACGUCCUGUGCGCCGGACUGGCGCAGCCGGGACCCCCACCAUGUGUCCUACAUCCUGGUUUAUUUUGCCGUGUGCUUCGCUGUCCCCUUUGUCGUCAUCUUGGUGUCCUACUCCAAAUUAAUGUGGACGUUACACCAGGUGUCCAAGCUGGCCUGCCUGGAAGGGGGCGCGGUGGCUAAAGCGGAGCUGAAGGUGGCCUCCAUGGUGGUUCUGAUGAUCCUGAGUUUCCUCAUAAGCUGGCUGCCUUACGCAGCUCUGUCCAUGCUGGUGGCCUUCAACCCCUCCGUGGAGAUGAGCCCACUGGUGGCCACAGUACCCGUGUACUUGGCCAAGACCAGCACCGUGUACAACCCCGUCAUUUACAUCUACUGCAACAAACAGUUCCGCAAGUACGUGGUGCCUUUCCUGCUGUGCACGGAGCCGUGGAAGCCGAAGGACGAUGAGGAGACCUCAGAGGCGGCCACCACAGUGGAGAUGGCCGUCAACAAAGUGGCUCCGGCCUGAAAGCCGACUGGUCACAUCAGAAGCAGGAAUGACAACAACCCAUGACAAAGCAUGACUCGGCACAACUUUAUUCCAUGAUAAUAAAAAAAAAACACAGAUUAAAUGAGAAAUAGAAAAAAGAGAGAAUGCAUUGUUACAAAACCAUCAAGUUAUAUUCACGCAUUUGCUACUAAGAUUGAUGGAAAUCAAAGAGAAAAAAAAUAAAAAGCAAAAUAUCAAGACUUUCAAGUAGAGAACAUUAUUAGCACGGCUCUUUUGUCCUAUUUUACAUCUGGUCUUUGAAUGCAGCUUGCUUUCAGAACAUGAAGAAAAGUCGGUGUUUAGAACCGUACCAAGGAAACAAAAAAGCUACGGCGGCCGACGGGGGGGGGGGGGGGCAAAGCACACAACAAACACGGAAAUGAUCCAAAUGACCAGCCAGGGGAAAAUGCUGCAAAUUCGAAAUGUUGUUGCCACGGCGAUGCUGCAGGAUCACAAACAAACGCAAAAGAAAAAUCAUAAACUGUUUCUCACGCAGUUUUUUAUUUUUUGCAUUUUCAGUGUUUUUCAUUUGCAGUUGUUUUUCCAUUCUGCAGCAUUGAUGUCACGGGUGUCCAAUGUGCAGCCUGGGGGCCGUUUGCGGCCUGGGGCGCAUUUCUAAAAUAUAAUUUAGCAGAAAAUUUUAAAGAGGAAAUCCAACAGCAGCAGUAAAAAUGGAAUGAAAAAUGUAUAAAAAAAAAGUUAAAAUAUAAGUGAAAAAAAUUCCAAAAAAGUCAAAAUCUUAUAAAAAUUAACCUCAUCUUGGACUGUUAAAGUUAUA